AUUAUCAUUCAACUGUCCAAACCAACAACGAAAACAACAACAACAACAACUAAACGAAAACAUUUAAAACUUUUCUAUUAAAACAAUGAAUCAAUUGGUUGCUAUUCUUUUCUUUGCUCUUGUUGCUCUUUCUACAACAAUUAGUGCUACAAAUCACGGUGACGGAGGUCAGAGUAAAAUUUAUCGAAACCAAGAUGUGAGUGGAAAAUACAAUUUUGGUUAUGAUAUCAAUGAUCCUUGGGGAUCAUCCAACUACCGACAAGAAUCUGGUGAUGGUUGGGGUAAUGUCCACGGUUCAUAUGGACUUAAACUUGCCGAUGGUCGUCACCGAACUGUUAACUAUAUUGCCGAUAAAAGUGGAUUCCGAGUUAAAUUGGACUCAAACGAACCAUCUGUUGACUCAAUCGACUCUGCUGAUGCCAUUUACAAUGGUGCUGAUCCUUCUGGUCACAGUUACACUAAUAUUAUCUCAGGAAACAAGGGAAACCAUUACAAUCACCAUGAUGGUUACAAUCAUGAUGGUCGUCAUCAUGUUGGCUCAUGGAACAAUGGAAACCAAUACCCAAACCAAUACAACAAUUACAACCAACACCGAAACCAAUAUCAAAACCAAUACCAACAUGGUCCAUACCACGGACAGAAUCACGAUUCAUGGAAUAACAAAGAUUCUUGGAAUAAUAAAGAUUCAUGGAAACAAGAAACAAACACGACAAUUGGGCCAAAAAUUAAGACCUUUUCCUAACAGUCUCGUCUUCUCUUUCAAAACUAUUAAUUAAAAUAUUAAUUUAAUCAUCUCCAGGCUCUUGUAAAUUUUUGUACACUCAGUUAUUAUUUAAUUCUCAAUUUAAUUUCAAAGCAAUAAAAACAUCUAAAUUCAGCCGAA